AACAGGAUGAGCUCCCAUCCUCGAUCCUGUCAACCUAGUAGUUUAAAAGCAUGCAAAUGUGAUUAGAUAAAUAGGUACAACUUUGAUAGGAAGGUAACAGAUCUCUGUGAUGUCAUACUGGCCACGUGACCGCAGAGAUGUCAAACAGUGCUGGUUCAAUGGCCUUGAAAUGGAGAUGAGCACUAUUUCCUAUAGCCUGCAACAACUAGCGGAAUAAAAUCUGCAGAGUCCUUUUACCUUUAUUAAUCAAAGUAAGCUUUGAUGAAUAAUUUUAUUAUAGGAUUCAAGGAUAAAAAGGAUAGAUAGUAAUGAACUGAUUUAGGAAACCAAGUCCUUGGAAAAGAAAUUCUUAGCAGAUAUUGUAAAGAAAUGAAAUUGUGUGACAAGCCAGGUAAUCGUCUCUUUUGCCAUAGCACCUGCUUCAAAUGUACUGGGAUAUCAGCUUCUUGCAGGAGCGAUUUAUAAAAAUGUUUCAAUGACUAGUAAACCAUUCCUAAUAUGUGAGCUAGAUUGACCACAAAAACAAGCCCAGUGUCAAGAUUGAUGUGAUAACUGGUUGGCAUAGCUUCUGCAUUUAUAUACAUUGCCCGGCCUUCAGUUUUUAAAGGUGUGGAUGUAGAAUAAAAGCAACCAGCAGUUGUUUUAACUGGUCCCAACAUGGCCAUAUCUUUGCAUAAUGCUUAGCUGGAGAUGGGACGAAACUGCAAAGACAGCAACCAAAAGCGAAAUGCAAUUUUCAGAAGAACAUUAGUUCUUUUUUAUGAUCUAACUCAACCAAACAGCCUUUGGUUCUUUAAACAGCAUUAGAUAGCAUUCUAUUUAUUAUAGAUCUUCCUCCUGGAUUUCAAGGAUAAUAAGAUCCUUGGUCUUAAUAUUUCAUGCUAUCCACUUGACUGAACAUUAAACAAAGCAUCGACAAAAUAACAAUAACCCCAGAGAAUUAAAGCAGCUUUCUUCAAUGUGUCCUCUAGGCGCGCCAAAUGCAAAGAUUGUGGCUAGAGAAUGUCAUCCAAUGCACCUGGGUUGCACCAAACUGGGAAACCACGUUUAAAGAAUCCUCCGGUUCCUGGCGCUCCUCAGGCUCUUUCCCGCACAGCAGCAAUCCUCCUACGCAUCUCCUCUAACAUCCUUCUCCCAGCUUGCUUGACUGGCUGCAUUUCAAGUCCUUACCAAGCGCCAAUUCUCGCAGCAACACACGGCGGCUUCCUCACUUUCUUCUUUCGCUACUCAACCCCUUGCUCCGCUCCAAGCAGCUGCCACUUCGGAAACUUUCAAGACGGAGAACCUGCGGGGAAGAGCGGAGGAGCCGCCUUUCUCGACCGGCUAGUGGCUUGGAUCAAGCAUUCCAUAGGACGCUUCAUUAGCGCGGGCUUUUGCAAGCCUUAAGGGCAAAUAUCAACAGCAAAGGGAAGUGCGGUUAGUUUGUCGCUCGGCGUUCUUUCGUCUCUAAAGUUUCGGGUUUCUCGGGCGGGAUCCUCCGUCGCCCAGUUGUACUUUAUUCUGCAGCGAGACGCUCGAACUUUAAGGCGGCUCUUUCGAGGACCUCGCCCAGGAUCUCUUCACCCAGUCUAAGAAAAAGGUGGGCUCUUAAUUGAAGGAGACCCUAGUUCUUAUCCUUCGAGUUUAAACAAAACAACCCCGACGACGCCUGCCAUGUCCGAAGAGCGAGGGAAGACAGAAGCUCGAUCCUGAACUAUGCGAUCCCUGAAUAUUACGCCGGAACAGUUCGCGCAGCUCUUGCGCAACAACAACAUAACCCGCGAGCAGUUCAUCGCGCUCUAUGGGCUCCAGCCUCUGGUCUACAUCCCGGAGUUACCUGAGCGCGCCAAGCUGGCCUUCGUGCUCACUUGCGCGGCCAUCUUCGGCCUGGCGCUCUUUGGGAACUGCCUGGUGCUCUACGUGGUGACCCGCCGCAAAGCCAUGCGGACCGUCACCAACAUCUUCAUCUGUUCGCUGGCUCUCAGCGACUUGCUCAUUGCUUUCUUCUGCGUUCCUUUCACUUUGCUGCAGAAUAUCUUCAAUAAUUGGCUGGGAGAUACUUUCUUGUUCUGACUCCUCUCUUUGCUCGCUCACAAACGACAGUCAGACAGAACUUCAAAGGAAAUAUCUUUAUCAGUCCU